CCAAGGGCCCUGUUGAAGGUUUAUUUUGGCUUAUUUGGCUUCCCGGUUGCUACCGUAGGUGGUAUUUACUGGAUCUGGAUCACAAUGGUUUAAAAUCCUAAUAGAGAGGCUAUAAGGGGUGGCGUUUAGAGCGCGAGUAGCUCCUUUAUUUCUGCAUUAUAUAUAAUGGUAAAUAUGUAGCUGGCUGACUGCAGUACUUGGAGAGAAACGGGACGCGAUCGGGAUCGCAUUUGGACAAGCCGAAGAGGACGGUGGAAGGGCUGGCCAAUCGGAGGAUCGUGAGGCGCAGUCUGGGAAAGGAGGGUAAACACUACAAAAUCUUUGUGCCCGAGCGCGCAGGGUGACUCGCUCGCUAUGACAGAGCCGGGUUCGAAAUGGGCUUGUGAGUACUGCACGUACGAGAACUGGCCGUCUGCAAUCAAGUGCACCAUGUGCCGAGCCGUGAGACCCGGUGGCACCAUCAUCACCGAGGACCCCUUCAAGAGUGGCUGGGCUCGAAAGCCCUGGCGAGAUUGGGGCCCCUCUCCUCCCAGCAGGGACACUGCCCUGCUAAUAUGCCCUGAUCAGAUUGCCCAUGAAGCAGUUGCCAAAUGGUCCUGCCACAUCUGCACCUACCUGAACUGGCCGCGUGCAGUGAGGUGCACGCAGUGCCUCUGUCAGCGGUCCUGCAGUCCCGUCGAGGUGAUCCAGACUCCGGGACCUGUGUCCCAGCCACCGACGUCUCCGUCACCCCCUCUGACGGACUUCUGCGCGGCAAACAAUGACCGCAACAAGCCCCCGGCUCAUGAGCAGCACUGUACAGCUUGUGGGUCUAGUGAACCGGGGACAUUAGGGCAACCCAAGCGUGACUGUUCCCUCGCCGCCACCGACGAACGGGACCAGCAGCAGGGAUGCUGCAGCGGGGAGCAGAGGAGGUCCUCCUCCAAUCCUGAGAGCCAGCCGGCGGUAACCGUGGACUUCCAGAGAAUCGAGCUGGCAGCUGCGAGCAGCAGCAGCGGCAGCAAGGAGGAGAAGGAAAACAGCUUAAAAGAGCUGAAGCUGAUUCAAAACAGGUUGAGGAAGACAGACUUGUUGUUUCUCAAUGCCUGUGUAGGUGUGGUGGAGGGUGACCUGCCCCCUGUGGAGGCCUACAAGUCGGCGGGGGGGGACAUCUCCAGGCAGCUGACGGCUGAGGAGGCAAACCUCCUGAAUCGACCGUCCGCUUUCGACGAGGGCUUUACGCUGGUCCACUUGGCCAUCCGCUUCCAGAGGCAGGACAUGCUGGCCGUGCUCCUCACAGAGGUCUCUGGGCAAGCGGCCAAACGCAUCCCAGCCAUGGUGAGUCUGGAGCUGACGGAGCAGAUCCGGAGGGAGGUAGCUGCGUCUCUCCAACAGCGCAAGGGGGACUUCGCCUGCUACUUCCUCGCAGACCUCGUCACGUUCACCCUUCCGGCAGAUAUCGAGGACUUACCCCCUACUGUUCAAGAGAAGCUGUUUGAUGAGGUCCUUGAUCGAGACGUACAAAAAGAACUGGAGGAGGAAUCUCCCAUUAUAAACUGGUCACUGGAGCUGGGAAGCCGUCUGGAUAGCAGACUUUACGCCCUGUGGAAUCGCACUGCGGGAGAUUGCUUGCUGGAUUCUGUGCUACAGGCCACUUGGGGCAUCUACGAUAAGGACUCUGUGCUCCGCAAAACUCUCCAUGACAGCCUGCAUGACUGCUCACACUGGUUCUACAUGCGCUGGAAAGAGUGGGAGUCGUGGUACUCACAGAGCUGCGGCCUGCAGUUCUCCUUGCGGGAAGAACAGUGGCAGGAAGACUGGGCAUUCAUCUUGUCAUUGGCCAAUCAGCCCAGGGCCAGCCUGGAGCAGACACACAUUUUUGUUCUUGCACACAUUUUCCGUCGGCCCAUCAUAGUUUAUGGAGUGAAGUAUUACAAGAGUUUUCGUGGUGAAGCACUAGGGUACACUCGAUUUCAAGGCGUUUACUUGCCUUUGCUGUGGGAGCAGAGCUUCUGCUGGAAGAACCCCAUCGCUCUGGGUUACACGCGGGGCCACUUCACAGCCCUGGUGGCCAUGGAGAACGACGGCUAUGACAGCCGAGGGGCGGGCGCCAACCCCAACGUGGACGAUGACGUCACGGUGAUCUUCUUGCCGCUGGUGGACAGCGACAGGAAGUUGCUACAUAUCCACUUCCUGUCAGCCCCGGAGAUGGGGAGUGAGGAGCGACAGGAGAGGCUGCUACGGGAGUGGCUGGACUGCUGUGUUACGGAGGGCGGCCUGCUGGUGGCGCUGCAGAAGAGCUCUCGUAGGAGGACCCAUCCACUCGUGGCACAGAUGCUGGACAGGUGGAUGGACGGCUAUCGGCAGAUCCGACCGCACGCCGCUCUGUCAGACGGUGAAGAGGACGAUGAGGAUGACGACACAUGAGGACUUAGAAAUCAGCGUGUCCUUAAAUCAUCAUCAGGCUGGAUUAUUCAUUUUGUAUUUUUUAAGUUCACGUGGGGUGUAUGAAAUGAAGCAGCAACACAAAUAGAAUUCAAUAUCAACCGAAACAAACACUGCAUUGAUUGCAUAGUCAGAAAUAAGCUACCACUGGGUAUAUAAGGAGAUUGAUUCCUGCUUUGAGAAUAUCUGAGUAGUCAGAGCAACCUAUAGGCUUAAUUCCAGUUCCCGAGUAGCCCAGCUAUAGAGGUAUGAUAGCUAAAUCACACUAAAUCAUUUGUUCAUGCUUACAUUAUUAUGAUGUCGCAUGUGUAGCGAACCAUUUAAACUACUAAUGUUAAGUCAAAUUCCAGGACAUUUGCAUUGGAUAAAGGACCUGUUAAUACUGCCUUUACAACACCAGUGGCUUUCAAUUGGUCUGUUUACCCUUCUUUGCCCCACAUGUAGUCAUCUGGAGCUGACAGUGAUUAUAUCAAUUCCGUAGACCUGUAUCUCUAUGUAGACAAAUAUUGCAAAAGGAAUUUGGCAGGAUUGGUUACAGUGCAAGAGGGAAACAAGCAAAAAUAAAUGCAAUUAUUUAUAUUAAUAUAAUAUUCCUAUUCAUAGUCCCCAUUUCACAGCAUUUUCAGUAAAGAUUCCAAAUCAAAAAGAUCAAACUUUCCAUAACUAGGCAGACUGACUAUUUUGAGACAUAAAAUUGAGCAGACAUAGAAGCUAAAGCUAAAUGCACUCUGCAAUUAAUUUGUAUUUGUAAAUGUGUUGCACUAUUCAAUUACUAAAACACAGAAAAGCCAGACACGGCUAAAGUAGCGUUCUCUCACUUAGCAUAUAGACUGUAUAACAGCGCCCCCUUCUGGAAGUUAUGUAAGUGAAUGGCCAAGGGUAACAGGAUUAGUCUAGCCACAAAAUUAAAUUUGCAUUUUGACAGCAGUGAUAUUGGAUACUGAAGCACUUUUAAACACUGCUUUCCGGAGUAUGUAUGAUACUCUCAAAGGAGGUUAAUUACCAUGACAUGUAAAUGUUGCGUAAUUUACAGAUGAAACAAAUUGAUAAUAAAAUAGUAGUACAUUUUUAAAGUGUCAUCACUCUGCCUUUUAAAAUUAAGGCAUUGUUAAGUGUUUUUGGGGAAAAUUGGAUAUAAAUUUGCUAAGCCAAGCAUUAAUAUUAUGUAUCUAUUAUAUGUGUGUGUAUGAGUGAAUAAAGACAUUUCACGUGA